AUGGGCAAACGAUCCGCCGACGACGCAGGCAGCAGUGCCGCCGCACCCCACAAGGCCAAGCGCUCCCGCACCGGCAUCCGCGCCGCGCUGCCCACCUCGGACGAUGCCUGGCGCCGGAAGCUCGAGCGUGCCAAGGAGUCCAACGUGAUCCGGGCCAAGACGCUGCAGACGUACGCAAAAGUGAAGGCGCGGGCGCUGGCGGCGGAGGAUGGAAAGGCAGCAUCAAAACAAGUAGCCGGUGAGGAGGAGGCGGCGGCAGUGGCGGCACCCGCAUCCAUGCACCCUGAGCGUCAAGCACGCAUCGACGACACAGAGGAAGCGGGUGGGAGUGGACGGGACGACAAGCCGGCCGAGCGACAGCGUCCACAGCGCGGCCCUGGGGCCCGGCCGGCGAAACGGCCACAGUCCUUCUUCCAGAAAGCCCAAGAGGAGGCGGCACAGAAAAAGGCCGAGGCCGAAGCACGACAGGCGGAGUUUGCGCGCAGGGCAGCUGAGCGUGAAGAGGCGCGGGCGCGGCGGGCACGGCACCAAAAGGCCAUGGCCAAGGCACGGCGGGUGGAUACACACAAAGGCGGUCGAAACGGCGGCGGUGGCGGAGACAACCAGCGGCGGAAACUCGGUCGCGAAAGUGGAGUGCUGCUCGACCGAGUGCGCAAGAUGAUGGGGAAAUAA